AUGGAGGAGAUGACUGACCCUCCAGUCAUUAGGAUUGACGAUUCUGAUGACGAUGAAGAAGAUCAAACAUCCAAUCUUUACGAUGAUGAUGAAAAAGAUGAAACAUCCGAUCUUGAUGAUGAAGAACACAACAAGAUCAAGAAUUUCAUGAAAGACUUGCCGAGUGAAGUGUCUUUCCGGCGCCCGUCGUCGAAAAGAGAGCUGUGGACAUUUUGGAGUGGUGGUAGUAUUUCCGAUUCGGCAACUCACACUCCCACCACAAAUCAACCCAUCAUUACAGACAUCAUCAAAUCUGCCCUUCUACACUUUAUUCAAAGUUAUUGUAUGGGUAACCUUCUAAUUCAGUUUUGGGCACCCAUCACAGCAGAAACAGGGUGUGUCCAGCUUGUUACUUCAGACCAACCUUUUGCUGUGUCUUAUGAACUUGAUGAACGACUUCUGAAUUAUAGGAAGCAGUGCUUGCAAUAUAAAUUUAAUGUGGAUGGGGAACAACUAGAACACCUUGGAAUCCCUGGUCGUGUGUUCCACCAAAAAUGGCACGAGUGUAUACCAGAUGUCCGACAUUACUCUACCAAAGAGUACCCACAGCGUGAUUUCGCUCUAACUUGCCAUAUUUCAAAUUGUUUUUCUUUUCCAGUGUUUCAAACCUCUUUCCAGGAUUGCGUUGGAGUAGUUGAGUUUGCUGCAACUAGCAAUUACGAUUUAUACUUUACGCAUGAUUGGUUUUUGAAAGAUGAGCUCAAGCGGGCGGGUCUGGAAACUUGUGUGUGUGAUGGUGUGAUUCGUAAGUUUCAGGAUCUAUUUAUAGAUGAUGGAGAUAUAUUGGCUGAAAUCGACAAAGGGUUGGAAGUAGUUUGCCAAACUCAUAACUUACCUUUCGCUAAGACGUGGAUUCCGUGCAAUCAUUUCAAUGGAAGCUAUACGGGACAAGUCUUUCACCGUGAAUGCAAAGCAUCUUAUCUUUUAGAUGAUCAUUUGGAGGAUUUCUACUAUGGGCAGAAUAACUUACAAAAGGGGCAGGGAGUUGUUGGGAGUGCAUAUCAGUCGCUAUCAGUCGCAUAA